AUGGAUUGGACUACGUUACCCAGAAGCAUUAGACCACGUUAUAAUGGUGACGUGUAGUUCUGUGGCUCAUCCACAUUAUUCUUAAUGCAGAACCGGUCAAGAGGGGUUUCUACUAGUUACCACAGUCACAAAGUCAAAAUUGGCUAUAUCGUACAUAUGCAUUCUUAUUUUUUUGCCUUUUUGGUCUUAAUUUAAGGAUAUGGUUAGUCAUAAGGUUAGCUGUGUGGUUAAGGGUUAGGUUUAAAAUCAUUAAGAAGAUAUAUGUUAUAAAUAGGCGGGGUUUAUGUCUUAGUGGCUGGUGUAACUAGUGACGACCGUCAAGCGGUGACAACGUUCAUCCAUUCCGAAGCUGAUGAGUCUAUUAGCAUAGAUUUUGUUUUACUACGUCUCAGUUCGGUGGUGAUCAGUACUUGACAAUGGCUGGGGAAAUGUCUAUGAUCGGAUCGGUCAUUCUGGCUCUUUUUCUGGCUGGCUAUCUGGGGCAGCAGUACCUGCCUCCACCGAAACCCAAAGUAAUCGGCCUAGAUCUGGGGACCACUUUCUGCUCCGUGGGAGUAUUCCACCCGGGUACCGGGGAUGUGGAGGUGAUAGGGGAUGAGGAGGGGCGGAAGAGUAUCCCUAGUGCGGUGUCGUUCACCCAUACAGAAGUUCUCGCCGGUCACGAGGGUCAGGAUCUGGCCGACAGCAAUCCUCAAAACACCAUCUAUGAUGCCAAGCGGUUUAUUGGAAAGAUAUUCGAACAAGAGCUCCUUGAGCAGGAAAGUGCUCGCUAUCCAUUCAAGGUGAUAAACAACAAUGGCAGUGCAGAGUUCUUGGUCACCACCAACCAGACGUUCACGGUUACUCCUGAGUUCAUUGGUUCUCGGUUGCUACUGAAGAUGAGGAAGAUGGCGGAGCAUCACCUGGGUGUCCCCAUCCAGAGGGCUGUUAUCUCUGUCCCUGCUGAGUUUGAUGAGAGACAGAGGAACUACACCAUCAGGGCUGCCAACCUGGCCGGACUGGACAUCCUGCGUGUGAUCAACGAGCCCACGGCUGCAGCGAUGGCGUACGGGUUACACAAGGUGGACGUGUUCAACGUGCUGGUGGUAGACCUGGGAGGAGGAACGCUGGACGUCUCUCUGCUCAAUAAACAAGGGGGCAUGUUCCUCACCAGAGCCAUGUCAGGUAACAACAAGCUGGGGGGGCAGGACUUCAGCCAGAGGCUGCUCCAGUACACCAUGGAGAGGGUCCGCCAGCAGUACGACGUUCCCCCCACCCUCAAAGAGGACAUCCACCGCCUCCGCCAGGCCGUGGAGGCUGCCAAGCUCAACCUCACCCUGCAGCCCAGUGCCCACCUCAGGGUACCCCUGCACCUGGAGCCCCAUGGGGACCCCAAGGAACCACCACAGGGGCCCGCCAAGGACCCAAUCCCAGUCAUCUUCCAAGCAGUCAUCACCCGCGAGCUGUUUGAAGAGCUGAACGCCGACCUCUUCCAGAAGAUUCUGGUGCCUGUAGAGACAGUGCUGGCCGAGGGCCACCUGGGGAAGGAGGAGGUGGAUGAGAUAGUUCUGGUGGGAGGCUCCACCCGCAUCCCUAGGAUCAGGAAGCUGAUCAGUGAAUACUUUGGGAAGGAGCCCAACACCUCAGUGGACCCAGACUUGGCAGUGGUGACCGGGGUGGCCAUCCAGGCUGGCAUCAUGGGCGGCUCCUGGCCCCUACAGGUCAGCGCUAUAGAGAUCCCCAACAGACACCUCCGCAAGACCAACUUCAAUUGAUCUAGUCUAGAGAGGUGGCAAGGGGCAUAAGGAUGCCACCAGACAGAGACUUGCCAUAUUAAAGGAUGGUCUGCAUUUUAACUGUUAAUUGUCCUUCUCCAUCUUCACCAGGUGUGCAAUAGUAUUAUGAGGUUAAAAUAUGAUCUUCUUCAGCUGUAAUAAUAGCUACUGGAAUAUAUUUUCACAGAGAAACUCAAAUUACACCAUUACUUGUUUACUGCCGGCCCAAUUUAUUAGACCAACGGUGGUAGAUUGAAAUGGUGUUCAAUUCAGGGAACAACCUUUAUUUCUAGAGAACUGUGACCAGCCAAUACAACUUCAGCUAUUUAUUUAUUUAUUUCUAGUUUAUGUCUAUGCAUGUGUGCGAGCGUGUUUGUACUGUGAGUUGUGGGGUGUACUGUACAUGAGGAGUAUUUGUUUUUCGGUGGAUGACACAACGUUCUUGUGCCUUUUCAAAGAGCUGCUGUGGUUGUGUGGAGCUGUACUGUGCUUUUAAGUCACCUGAUAUGAAGAACCACCAGUCCUUUAGGGAGUCCUUCUAUUGACUAGGGCAGUAUUCUAUUAGAGUUCUGGACCAAAUAUGUUUGCACAUACUUUGUUACAUAUUGUUUCAAGCAGUAGCCUAUGCUCAGCUUUGCGAGACGUCGGUUUAGUAUGGGAUAACUGAUGACGUAAUUGUCAAAAUAAGGGGCAUACUAACUUGGCUAAAUAUUGCACUUUGAAAACGAUUUAACUUGUUAGCCAGCAUCAUCAUUCUGGUGCAAUUGAAUUGUAAGAAUCACAGAGUACACUGGCUGACACUUAGUACUAAUAUUCAUUAUUCUACGUUUUAGUCAUUUAGCAGACACUCUUAUCCAGAGCGACUUAUAGGAGCAAUUAGGGUUAAGCGACUUCCUCAAGGGCACGUCAACAUAUUUUUUACCAAACCAGCGACCUUUUGGUUACUGGCCCAACGCUCUUAACCACUAAGCUACCUUUUAUAUAGAAGUGCUUAUUGUAAGUGCCAUAAAAAGACCAAAGGCUUAUGGUGCCUGUUAGAUGUGUUACCGUGUGGUAGAGUAAUGGUUGUGGCUGUUAGAACCCCUGGAAUUGGAGAACAAACAUGUUGGUUGAUAAUUUACUACUAUUAGCCAAUUCACAUUCUCUCAUGUAUAGAAUGUACAUUCCAAAAUACCAGUCUAGUCAGGGCUGAAACAGCAGAAAAAUUAAAAUACUGUAUGCCUUUAGAGGUUUGUUCAACAAGGUAAACAGUUUGAAUGCAUUCCUUGUUGAACGUGCCUCAGAUACUGUACUGAUUGCACAGUUCUCUGUAGUGAUAUGCUAUAGGAAUUUAUCUGGACCUGUCCAUUUCAACUGAGUAUGUAACUUAACAGAUAUUUUUGUACUGCAAGUUUUGCUUAUAUUCUUCAAAGCACCCCUCUCAUAUGGCCCCCUUAGAUAUCUGCUUUAAAUCUGCUUGUACUACAUGCAUCUUUACAAAAAUUCCAGAAUUUCCCAAAAUACAAUUAUUGAAUUUC